AUGGACUGGUUAUUACAACCCACAACAGGUACUAAGAAUUCCACAUUAGUACACGACGAGGCCAUCAUCAUCGCUCAUAACUUCAAGGGAUACGACGGACAAUUCAUUUUGAAUUACCUGGUGCAUUCCGCCCCCCUGAAACCCAACGUCAUCAUGAACGGCAAUAAGAUCUUGUACAUGGAAAUUUGCGGACUGAAAUUCAUCGACUCGUAUAAUUUCUUACCGUUUACUUUGGCCAAGAUGCCCUCCGCUUUCGGAUUCGACGAAUUGAAGAAAGGUUACUUUCCCCACUUUUUUAAUAUGGAACAGAACCAGAAUUACGUGGGGCCUUAUCCACCGGCAGCUUUCUACAAACCGGACGAAAUGUCUAUCAGUGGACGACAGGCUUUUUUCGAAUGGUACGAACAACAGACCGGAAAAGUGUUUGAUUUCCAGAAAGAGUUUGUAGAGUAUUGUAUCUCGGACGUCGACAUUUUACGACGUUGCUGUGCACAGUUUAGAACCACCCUCAAGAGUUUGGUUAAAGUGGACCCUUUCCAGGAAUCCAUCACGUUUGCCAGUGCUGCUAAUUUAGCCUACCGUCGACAAUUCAUGCCUAAAGAGACCAUUGCAAUCAUUCCGAACCUGGGGUAUCAUUAUAUUGUGAGGAAGGGACAUGAGAUACGUGGACGUCUGUUCCUUAUACCCUUACGUGUUGAAACACAGACUUUUCCUGUAGGGCAUCCCGAGAUCAUCACAGACGAGUUCCAGGACGUGAGAAGUUAUUUCGGCCUCAUUCAUUGUCGGGUCUUACCACCCCGAGGCCUCUAUCACCCCGUAUUACCUUAUCGGACGGGAGGCAAGUUAUUAUUUCCCUUAUGUCGAACGUGUGCCGAACGACAGGAUUCUACUUCUCAACAUCGAUGUCAACACACCGACCAGGAACGUAGUCUCACAGGCACUUGGGUGACGACCGAAUUACAUAAAGCCUUGGACAUGGGAUAUACCUUAGAGCGAAUACACGAAGUGUGGCAUUUUGAAGAAAGCAGUCAAGAGUUAUUUAAAGAGUACAUCAAUACCUUCCUCAAGAUCAAACAGGAAGCCUCCGGAUUUCCCCCCGACUGUAAGACCCCAGAACAACAACAAGAUUACAUUCGACAAGUCUUAGACAAAAAAGGCAUCCUAAUGGACAUUCUCAGUAUCGAGAAGAAUCCAGUGAGAAGAACCAUCGCUAAACUCUUUUUAAAUUGUCUGUGGGGAAAAUUUGCUCAACGCUUGUUAUUACCCAAAACCAGAUAUUUGGACGAAGAAGAGGAACAGCAGCUCUUACAAGAUUCGACUCUCGACAUCAAGGGCAUACAAUAA